GUUGUAAGGUUAAUAAUACAUUAAACAUUUAAAUAAAAAGUUAUUCAGCUUGGCUAGAUUACAACAAAAGUCGGUUAAUAAAAUAACUGUUAUUUUAUUGACAAGAUUUUCAUGAAACUUGUAAAUGUUCUUUGCUUGUUAAAUAUGACACACAUAAAAUGCCGUAAUGGUGUUUACUUAUUCAGUAACAUAGCUCGACUUACUGUUCCCGAUGAAUUAGUAUCAUGGGACCAGGAAUGGUUAGAUUACAAUCCUCCUAAUUAUACAUCUAAAGGAGUUUUCAAUAAACCAUGGGCUGACCCAGAUCUAACCGAUUUAGAUUUUAAGCCUAAAUGGAAUGAACAAGAUGGCCCAGUAAAUCGAGUCAGCUACACAUCUUGUUAUAAAAUUGAAAAUGGUUACCCAUUAAAUCCAAUCGGUAGGACUGGAUUGCGAGGACGCGGUUUAUUAGGUAAAUGGGGUCCUAAUCAUGCAGCUGAUCCAAUUGUAACUCGAUGGAAACGUGAUUUCAAAAACAGUAUUGUGGUCGAUUCGGAUACUUCGAAGCCAAUUUUACAAUUCUGCGCAAUUCAACGGCGUGAUACUAAGGAAUGGGCUAUUCCAGGUGGUAUGGUCGAUAGUGGUGAAAAAGUUAGUGAAACUUUACGAAGAGAAUUCCAAGAAGAAGCGUUAAAUAGUUUAGAAGCAACUGAAGAGGAAAAGAUAAAAUUAAAUGAAAUGAUAGCAGAUUUUUUCAAGAAUGGACAAAAAAUCUAUGAAGGAUACGUUGAUGAUCCAAGAAAUACUGAUAAUUCAUGGAUGGAAACGGUUGCUUAUAAUUUUCAUGAUGAUUGCGGUACAUCUGUUGGAAAAUUUCCUUUACAAGCAGGAGAUGAUGCAAGUAAAGUACAGUGGAUGGAUAUAAGCAGGAAUUUAAAUUUGUAUGCAAGUCAUUUGAAUUUUAUAAAAAUGGUUUGUGAAAAAUAUUCUGCUCAUUGGUGAAUGUACUUCGAAAAAAAUCGAAGGUCCAUAUCAUAGAAGCUUUAUUAUACAGAAAAACGUUUUUACUUUUUUUAUUAAUUCAUUUAAUUUG